UGCAAAAGCUAGACAGACUACACCAGAAAAGUCAAGACACAAGUCAAAAUCUCCGGCAAAAAACGAUUUUGAUGACGACUUUGACUCCAGAGAUCUACAGUACUCCUGGAUGCCUGUCCCAGAGAGCGACGGGAAUCUGGCCAUUCAUACAAUACCCACUUCAUUGAAGGAAGCCAAAUCUGGCAAUACAGUUAAAUUCAGCAAAGUAGACAGUUACCACGAAUAUAGAUCUCGGCACAAACACACUCCUCCUACUAAAGAUACAAACCCAGAAAGACCAUCCAAGAGGGUUGUUGAAACUGUUUUGAUUCAAAAAGAUGACGAUGAUUCCACAGAUUGCUCAUCCAUUUCAUCGGACACUAGCUCUGUACAAAAUUUAAAUCUCGAGAGAAAGAGAGAGAAACAGCCAGACGAAACAAUGUCGGAAGCAGAUAGAAUAAUUAUUUACAAAAUUUUGGAAUCGAAAUUAGACAAGAGCGAGAAAAAGAAGAAGAAGCAAAAAUUAAUAAAUGAUGUAUCUAAAGUUUUAAGGUCAAUGAAUAAAGAUAAAUUAAAGAAAACCGAAAAUGAUGAUAAUAACAAUGAAGAAGAAAAACUUAGCAAUUGUGAUGACAGACAGGUGGAAAUAGGUGUUCAAAACACUGUUUCCCUUGAGCAAGUUAAUGAAGGUGUCUAUAAGGUGGUUAAUGAAAAAGGACUGUCUUAUAACGUCACGAGCUGUUAUACCGCAAAUGUAGAGAUGUGGCAAUCUACAGCCGAGCACAAGCCGUGGUGGGACAACAUAACAUCAUUAUACUUCUCGGAUAAACCGCAGCAGACUCGCAAAUUACUGUUGACUGACGAUGACCUCAAGCACGGCCGGCCUUGCUGCUGCAAAAAAGUCAGAACCGACCAGCAGAGUGACAAGGGUACAAAUCUUCACUGCGGGAAUGGCGAUUUAACGGCAAAAAGAAACCCAAAUUGCCUGGGCUGCAAAUGCGGCUGUAAUGCUGACAACGCUGGUGUUAAGCCAAGAGACCACAACACUUCAGAGAUCCAACCUUCGGCUGCUACCUCGACUUCCUCGUUCAAGACAGCUAAAAAUGACAAAGCACUAGGUGCUCUGCCCGAUGGCGGUUACAUUAAACUUGUUGACGACGACGGCCAAGAAGCUGGAAAGUUCUACAUUGGAGCCAGUGGCUUCCUCAGGGAUGACGCGUAUGAAGUCAUAAUACAACUUCGGAAAAAGGAGUCAGCAAAAAAAGAUAAUGAAAAAGAAACCAGCAAAAAUCCACAAGACGUUCUAGAGAAGGUUGAAGAAACAAAAGAUCAAGAUCUAGUAUCUUCACAAAGUAAAGAAACUUGUUCAGUAAAUGAAAUACCAGAAUUGAUAGAAAUAAAUCCAAAUGAUGAAAUUAUAGGUCAAGGCAAACAGACUGAUAAAAUAUCACCCUUACCAACUCCUUCUAGCAAAAAAACCAAUGAUGGUGCCCCCAAAAAUACAGUAACUCAAGUAGAUGUAAAUGACAAUGAACACGUUUCUUCAGAAUCAACUAGUGAGCCUGUUGAUAAAACAGCCAAUUCUAAAAAGUAUGUAGAUAAAGGUGUCUACACAACAUCUCAACUUUCAUAUGCUAUCCCUAGUCAUGUGCCUAAAACAGAUCCUAUCUCUAGACCUGCUACGUCAACGUACACGCAAACUUCGAUUGAGUCUCCAAAUCAGAGGCCGGUGUUCAUGCACAUGAGUUCUUCUACUUCGACAGCGUAUAUGAGUCCCCCUGAGAUGAUCUUGCCGAAAUACCUGAAGCAAGGCUACAAUACCCGCGCUGAAAAAUUGCAAGGAAAGAAUGAAAAUUGCAAGAACGAAAAUUGUAGGAGUAAACGAUGCAAAUGUCAUAAAACAUCAGCUCCAUGCAGAAAAACGGGAAGCGCUCAUAAGAUCUUGACCACUCCUCCUAACACCGCUAGAUACGAAGACGAUAGCAGUGAUAUAUGGGUCCAUGAACUUGACCCCCCAGUGCAAAGAAUCCAUAGCAGGAAAUGCCAUAAGUUCGACACAAAUAACCGUCAGGGUCAUAGUAAAACUAAGAUUAAUGUGCCUAUACCCAAACAUUCAUCACACAAUGUAGUAAUGCGUGUUACCUCAAGCACUGCAUCGACAUUCAGAAACAAAAAUAGCAAAAUCCAUAAAUCUGAUUUGAAUCCUGUCAUAAAAAAAUAUAUCAACAGAUUACUAGAACUAAAUAGAGAUGGAAUUAAAGCAAUUGAAGUCGCCAAUCAAGAAUGUAGUUCAGUGACUACUCCAGGAAGUUCCAUUGUAGAAGUGCCAACCAAUAUCAACGAUAAAAAAUUAGAUAUACAACAUAAAAUAUCUUUAGAACAGAUAAAGAAUGAUCUGAAACAGAAAAUAUUGGAGGAAUAUGUUAAAGAAAGUACAUGUAACAAUUCUGUACAAACUUUAGGCAGUAACCUGAAGCCGAGGUCGAGUUUGUAUAAAUUGCCAAAAAAGAGAUCAGUUCAUAAAGUGAAGUCCUUAAAUAUAUCGAAAAGACUUAUAAACACAAAAAAAUCGAAUGAAAGCAAGACUAAGUGCUCUGCAACCAGAAAUAUGAAAUCAAAUCCUAGCACUUCGUCUCCGUCAUCUGCUAGAGAAGUGUUUAAAAAACCGGACUCUUUACCUAAUAAAACGAAGUCACGCAGCAAAAGUUCACCUACUCCUAGGCAGUAUCCAAAUUUUGAAUUUCCACAGAAAAGUUCUAAAGUAGACUCGCAGGAUUCGACGCCAACUGAUAUCGCUGUUGAAACGAAUCGUAGCGGCAAUAGAAAUAAAGUGCAGCAUAUUAAUCGAAAUCAGUCAAAAUCAAGCGAAUUAAUUUUGCCUUUUAACAAAUCUUCCACCACUUCUCCAGAAUCGGAGACGAAUAUGCGGAAACGCCCUAAAUCAGAUGAAGUUGCUGCAAAUAUAUCCACACAAACCAGUCAAGAUCUUGAUGGAGAAAUAAAUCUUAUGAAAUUAGCAGAAGACAAGUUACAAAAUAUGGAAAAAAUUGCUGAUUUGACGGAAAAAUGCACAAAAAGAUUAUCCAACCUUGCCAAAGUAUUGGAAGAAGUCCGAAGAAACAAAUCAUUAGCUUACAGUCAAAUAUCAACAUCGGAUACUGCAUCUGACUCUGAACAAAAACCCGCCAAAAGUAGUUACGAUUCCAAACAAUUUGAUUCAAAACCUGAAUUGCCUGAUAAAAUUGAUCCGAAGUUUUCGAGUCUAUCCUCUGAGAACCAUGAUAGCAAAGAUCUGUCAGACACAUCUGAAUAUAUACCUUUUUUGACAAAUAUUCCUAAACCUACUGAAUUUAAAUACCCUGCUCAACCAAUCCCUGAAAACCAUACCAAUAUAAAACCUAAGCCGUUGGGAAAUUCGAAAAUAGAUAAUUUGGUUGGGAAAAAUAGAGGAAAGCCGCCUCCUGCACUAUCUCGAAUUCAUUUAAAAAACGGACAAGACAUCGUUCCUCAUGAGCUUUCGACAGUGGUCGAAGUUGAUUCUCCUAUGAGUGUAAAACUGAAGAACCAAUCAUCACGUAAUAAUACUAAUUAUGACGUGCCAGAUUCGUCAUUUAAUAACAAUGUCAGCAAGAGCCAGAAGGAAAAUGAGGAACUGGUGACGAUUCCCAUUGAUACAGAAUAUCAAGUUAAUCCUGAUUUAUUACAAAGCAAUAACAUGAACGUAAAUGUUCCUAAACAAUCCAUCAAAAGAAUAUCAUCGACUGAUUCUUCGGAUGAUUCCAAGGCACAAAUGAUGGAUUUGAAACAGUUUAAUGAAUUAAUGCUUAAGCCAUUUAUAAGUAUUCAAGAAUUUGCAAAACAAUGUGAUAUCGGGGCGUUAGAUGACGGGUCCAAUCUGGAAGACAAUCCAAAAGAUGAUUUGAUAAAUGACGAAAUGAGUUCAUUGCAUUCUGAUGGAAGUUUGCCAGAUGUAAUUGCAGAGUUGUUAAAACGAAAUAUAAUUACUGAACCAUUUAAAUUUGAUACUGUAAACUCAACUACUGUUUCUUCAGAGUCUACACUGUCGGUCUUGGCACUGUCAAAAGUCCGAAAAGAAAAAAAAAAAUCGAGUGUAGUAUUUCAAAAUAAAGAAAAUGUAUCUGAAACAUCUGAUUCGUUAAGUAUAUCUUCGAAUCCCGAUCUGGAAAAUGCUUUUAAAAAACUGGGUAUGGGCUGGGCGUCUUCGACGCUAAAGAAAACCAAGGAGCGUUUAGCUUUGUCCUCUUCUUCAAAUACGUCAAGCUCGAGUUUAUCGCAGUUCAAAUUGAAAGGGUUGAACAAUCAAGACAUUCCAGCAUUGGUUACUGAUUCCAUGUCAUCGGCGACUAAAAUCUCAAAAAGGCCACAGCAAGAUAAGCAUACAUCUGAAAUUUCUAAGAAUGCUGAACAGCAAACAUCCUUCAUGAAUUCGAUGACCGUCAAAGAAUUCUUGACGAAUGAACUUGCCAAAAAAAUUACGUUUACAAAUAAGUCGCACAGAAACGACACUGAGGAGGAAUUUGUGUCUCUGUUCGAGACAAAGAUGCCUGAAGAAAUGAAGCAUUUGUCUCAAACUAUACGCGAAGAGCGUUCAAUGGAUAGUUUGCCAAGUGGGCAUAACCGCGCGCGAACUUCCACGCCAGUGCAGCUAUUUAAAUCUAUGACUUACCAUUCGAGCUCCAGCUCUAACAUGUCGAAUGGUCUAUUCAGUAACGCAGACGACCUGUCUUCGGUGAAAGUAACUUCCAACUCCAUACGUAAUCAUUCCACUUCAGAUAAGGACGACUUGACCAUUCCUAAUUGUAGUCUAAAGAGGAAAGGUGCCUCGGAUUGUAGCAAAAGCGAGUGAUUUGUUUUUGUCAAAUUAUUUAUUUUUAUAUUUGUGAAGAUUGAGAAGUUGACUUUUUUUUUGUAUAUUUGUGUUUAAUAAAAUCAAUGUCCUUUUUA